AUGCCCCCCAGUGCUGGAAGAAAGACCUCGUCCCACAAACCACAAGGGGCGGCAGUUACAAGUAACGGCCAGCUCGGGCAAGGCUCGACCCAGCGUCAGCACCCCCCCCCCCCCCCCCCCCCCAGUGCUGGAGAGAAGACUGCGGCCCACAAACCACAAGGGGCGGCAGCCACAAGUGACGGCCAGCUUUGGGCUCGACCCAGCGUCAGCACACCCCCCAGUGCUGGAAGAAAGACCUUGGCCCACAAACCACAAGGGGCGGCAGCUACAAGUGACGGCCAGCUGGGGGCUCGACCCAGCGUCAGCACGCCCCCCAGCGCUGGAAAGAAGACUGCUGCCCACAAACCACAAGGGGCGGCAGCUACAAGUGGAAGCCAGCUCGGUCAGCCGAGUCCUGGGGUUCCGGAGCAAGUCAUGGGCCCCCCUAUUGAAGCCUUGCAUUCUGGGCACACAGCAGAAAACCAUGCUGGGGACCGUGGCAAGGACCAGGACAAACAUAUUGUGGCGGACCUCGGGGAGGAUCUUGUUGAGUGCGCUGACUGGGACAUUGAUUGGGACAUUGAUGAAGAUGUUGGAGGCGACGUCGGAGGCCACUUCGCAGAGGACGGCGGAGAUGGAAACGACAUUGAUGAAAACAUUAGAGGUGGCGCCGCAGAUGGAGACGCCGUCGGCGAGAACGACAGCUCUUCUGUUCCACUUUUCCAAGUGCAGGAAGGACAAAUUCAUGUGGGGUCAAAUAUCUUUCUACUGAAAAAAAAAUUUGAAUUCGUAUUUGAUGCAAAAACCGACUCGAUGUGCGUUAAGGACGCAGCAAGGACCAUCUGGUCUACAGCAGAGCUCCUCGAGCGCAGCGUCAGUGGGAAACCUUGUAAGAGGUACCUGAAACUGGGUGCGUUGGGCAAGAAGAGAAUGACCCCUGAGAAGAAAGGGGCUGUUUUGAAUAUGUACAGGAAGUACAUCCAGGACAAUCCCUCCGUGAAGGAGAUAGCCGUCCUGGCCGACCCAAAUCUCUCUCCCGACAAGAGAGUGGCUGCUGCCGCAGCGAUGAGGGAAGCUCGUCUCAAGAACAUGAACAAGUACAUUGCUGAAAUGUGUAACGACCAGCAGAAGAAGGACAAACUUGCCCGGGCACUUUUCGUGGAGGAGAGUGAGGAGCCCAUCAGUGGUGCUUCAACCUCGGGGAGCUAAGAGAAGAUUCAGUGUUCAGGUCAACGGUCAUGUGCUCAACUCUUUUUCCUGUUUUCUCUUUGUCUUGGGCUUGAAAUAAAACAGGUCUGUA